AUGGCUGAGGUGUCUGAUAAUAGUAGUGCUCCUAAGAAGCACAAUGCCAAAGCAGAAGCUGCAGCUACUGCCACUACUACUAAAGGUGUUGCUGGCGAUAAGGUGGGAUCAGAAGUGGGAGAUGAGUCGUCGAUGGGAUUUGAUUCACAGAAUAAACAAAAUGUAGAUCAUCAAAACCAAUUAUCACAGGCUUAUAUCCAACAACAAGGCCCUCAUCAGCAACAACAACACCCCCAGGAACUCGAUGCUGCUAAUGCCAAUCUUUAUAACCAGUCCUAUGCUCAAAACUACGGAGUUAAUUUUAAUGGACAUGUCAAUUAUUACAAUAAUAAAAAUCAAUAUAAUAACGGUGGAGGAGGAAACAAACAUUAUACGGGAAAUAACAGACAAGGAGCUAAUAGCAACGUUAAUGCCUCAAGGUUCAACAGCAACAGUACCACGCCGAUCCAGUCCCACAGAAAACUGUACAACAACAACAACAACAACAACAACAACAACAAUAACAACAACAGCAGUAGCAAUAACAAUAACAGUCAGAAAUUGAACCAUCAUCAUCAACAACAACAACAACACCACCACCACCACCAACAACAACAGCAAGCUCAACAGCAAGCUCAACAGCAAGCUCAGCAACAAGCUCAACAACACCAACAGCAGCAGCAUCAGCCACAAGUUCAAGUUCAAGUUCAGCAACAGCAACAGCAACAACACCUUGCUCAAGCACAAGCAGCUCAGUAUGUCAAUUUCGGCUACAAUACGCCGCAACUUUAUCAAUAUGGUUACUACCAACCAAUGUAUGUACAGCCUUUGCAAUACGCUACACCUCAAGCAGCACAGGCUUACCCUCCUCCACAACAUUCACCUGUGUCAAGUGGAAGUACUCCUCAGCAUCGGCAUCAGCAGAUUGCAACACCGCCUAUUAAUAAAGUCAAGUUGACGACAAAAGAUGGUAAAGUAGUUGAUUUGGAGGAGAAAAAGAGGAAAACUGCUGCUUCAACACCAACUGCAUCUCCUCUUCCCAAAAACGCUUCUCCUGCUACUGUAUCUACUGCGGAUGGUGCUGCAUCCAAUACGUUAAAAGAGGAAGCUACUCAGGCGGCAAACUCAACUUCAAGCAAAGAAGAAGUAUCUGGAGAAACUACAACAAAAACGGCUGGACUUUCAGCAGCAGAGGAGUUUAAGAGGAAGAUUAGGGAAAGAGCCGCUGCUGCCGCUGCCGCAAAGAAAAAGAAAGAAGAAGAAGACAAUCAACAAAAGGCGCCAGUAGAUGAAAGAAAGCAAGACAACAAGGCAGAUAAUAUAGUAGAGGGCCAAGCAGAAGAAAAGGCAGAGGACGCUAAGCAAGACUUCAAAUCAGAGGACACUAAAAAGACUAUCAAACCCGUGGAUUCAGAAGAGAAAGAACUGGCGAUUGAGAAAACCAAGGAGGAGAGUGGAAAAGCUACUACAUCGGAACCACAAACAGAGGCUGCUCCUAUCGUUAAAGAGGAACCACAAGAUGAAGGCAAAGUCGAAGCAAAAAAACCAGACAAUGUGGAGAAAGUAGAGUCUACUAUACCAAGUGUACCCUCGCCUUCAACUACAGAAUCCCAUGCUGUACCUGAAACAAAAACUAAGGUUAGCGAACAAACUAUGCCAGCUGAGCCAGCUGAGCCAACCGAACCAGUUGAAUCUGUUGAAUCUGUUGAACCAGUUGAAUCUGCUGAAUCCGCUGAACCCGCUGAACUCACUGAACUCACUGAACCCGUUGAACCUGCUAAACCUUUUGAGUCUGCAGAACCUGCGGAACCUGUUGAGUCGGCUGAACCUGAAGAAGAGCUGAAAUUAAACGACGAACCUUCUCAGCCAGAACUGAGUGAAGUAUUAGAGGAGGAAGAUGCUUCAAAAGAAUACAGUGAUAGUGAAGAGCUGAAGGAAACCACCCCUGUUGAGGAAGUAAUUCCCUCGCUAAACCUUUCUCAAUUUUUGGAAAAAACAAGUGAAGCCAAACCUAUUGAGGAUUUAUUAGCAGUAACGUACCCUAAAGACAUUCAUGGUGUUGACAGUUCAAAACAACUUCUGGGUAUUAAAUACAGAUACGAUCCUCAAUUUUUGAUUCAAUUUCGUGAUUUGAUUCAAUUCGAAGUUGACCCUGAAUUCAAGUCACGCUUGGACUUUAUAGACACUACUGGUGGCCAUCAAGGAGCUAAACGGUCUGGUUCUGCUCGUGAAGGUGCUUUACGUCCUGGAGCAGGAAUGAGACAAGGAAGCGGUUUACCAUCAAGGUAUAAUGGACCACAAAACAAAACAGGCAUGGGCGGCGGAUCUGGUGCUUAUGAUAGCAGACAAAAUUCAAGAAGCGGUUCUAAGAGAAGAGGCGUGUCAAGUAGGGAGAAAUCUACUAGAAAGGGACUUCCAUCGAAACGAUCAGGCACUGCUAGAGGUUCUGAGAUGCGCGAAAAAUCAGAAGAAGAAAUGGCAAGGGAAGCCAAACAGGCUGAGGAAGUAAAACCAUUGGAGGUAACUUCAAAUAGAUGGGUUCCAAAAUCGAGACAACAAAAGACUGAAGUACGUUAUGCAGAAGAUGGAAGUAUAAUUUUGGAAAAAGAAGAUGUUGAGAGAAAGAUCAAAUCCUUAUUGAACAAAUUAACUCUUGAAAUGUUUACCACAAUUACAGACGAGAUGUUAGAAAUUACAAAACAAUCGAGAUGGGAGAAGGAUGCUCAGACCAUCAAACAAACCAUAUCUUUUACAUUUCAAAAAGCAUGUGAUGAACCAUACUGGUCGGAGAUGUAUGCUAAAUUCUGUGCCAAGAUGACACAAAACAUUCUUCCAGAAAUUACCGAUGAAACAACUACAUUGAAAGAUGGUACACAUCCAUCAGGAGGUGCUUUGGCAAGAAGAGUGUUGUUGACUACUUGUCAAGAGGAGUAUGAAAAAGGCUGGGUGGACAAGUUGCCAACAAAUCCCGAUGGCUCACCAUUAGAACCUGAAAUGAUGAGCGAUGAAUAUUAUGCCAUGGCAGCUGCAAAGAGAAGAGGAUUAGGACUUGUUAAAUUUAUUGGUCACUUGUACAAUUUAAAUAUGUUGAAUGAUCAAGUCAUUUACGUAUGUCUUAAAGAUCAGUGCAGCAAUACUACUGAUCCAUCAGAGGAUAGUUUGGAGAAUUUGGCUCAAUUAAUCAAAACAGUUGGUCCUAAAUUGGAUUCAAAUGAAAGAACCAAGACCAUGCUUAAGCUUGUUUUUGAAAACAUUGAGACUAUAUUGACAAGGGUUAAAUUGAGCUCAAGAAUAAAGUUCAUGUUGAUGGAUUUGCAAGAUUUGAGAAAGGCAAGGUGGCAAGAUGGUAAAUCCGCGCCUCAACCUACAACAAUCGAGGCUAUUCACAGAGAUGCAGAGAUUUUGAGAUUUAAGCAAGAAAAAGAUAAGAAGAAAAGGUACCAAAACAAUAUACCCGGUUCAUCGUCAUCGUCACAUUAUGGAGGUUCAGCAUCACAAUCGAGGUCGAGCUCAGGGCACGCAUUGUAUUCUUCGGCAGGUCAAGGAUUUCAUAAAAAAUCUCCAAAUUGGUUUCCACGAUCUAAUUCUAAUUUGAGUGAUUUAGCAAGUGAACGUGCUGGUAGUGGUAGUGGUAGUGGCAGUGGUAUUGGUGCUGGUGGCCAAACCAGCAGCGGUUCAACCUCAACCAGUGCAACUGACCUUCAACGAGAUUCUUCGAGAAGAUCCGAGACACAGCAAGUGAAUAGAUUUGCAGCUCUAGAUAAUGAUGAAGAUGAUGAUGAAGACGAGGAGGAAGAGGAAGAGGAAGAUGAGGCGGAUGGAGCGGAACGAGAGGCAAAAUGA